AUGAAAGGUCCCCCGUUGCAGCGUGAUCUUGCAUUGAUACUGUUGAAUUGGCGUAGAUAUCGAUUCGUUUUUACCACGGAUAUUGUGAAAAUGUUUAGACAGAUUGGGGUUGCGCCUGCCGAUCAGGAUUGUCAGAGGGUCGUAUGGUCCCCUGAUCCGGCGGUCGAACCUGUAGAUUAUCGAUUAACGACUGUUACGUAUGGCACUAAUAGUGCUCCCUAUCUCGCGAUACGUACUCUUUUGCAAUUGGCUCAGGAUGAAGGAGGUAGGUUCCCCUUAGGGGCGCGUUGCCUAGAGCAUUAUACCUAUGUAGACGAUGUAUUCGCGGGCGCGGAUGACCUAUCGUUUGCAAUGAGGAAGCGUUCUGAGGUCGUGGAGCUUCUCGGGCUGGCUGGUUUCUCGCUCGAUAAGUGGGCGGCGAACCAUCCGAGUCUCUUGCCUGUUCCGCCUCAGUCGGUUUCUUCUACGCGAAUCAACGACGAUGAGUCGGUUAAGACACUCGGCAUCUAUUGGGAUUCCAUCCAAGAUGCAUUUAAGUUCGACAGUUUAGUCUCUCGAUCUACAUCGGACAAGUUGACGAAGAGGGCGAUACUCUCGGAUAUCUCUCGACUGUUCGAUCCAUUGGGCUGGUUAGCUCCGGUCACCGUUGUGGCCAAGAUACUGAUGCAGGACCUGUGGAUCAUGAAAUGUGAAUGGGACACAGUGUUGCCUGUUGAAAUCCGAUCACGUUGGCAGGAGUAUUGUGAUUCACUGGCGGACUUGCCUAAGAUUUCGAUUAGCCGUUGGCUAGGGCAUUCUGCAGAGGUUUCGUGUCAGAUUCACGGAUUUGCUGACGGCUCUUCGAGGGCGUAUGCAGCAGUAGUGUACCUCAGAUUGGAUAGUGGGAAUGAACCACCACGUGUUUGUCUGCUAGCAGCAAAAACGAAGGUGGCGCCUGUCAAGACCAUUAGUAUACCGAAAUUAGAGUUGUGUGGAGCUUCGCUUCUUGUCAAGCUCAUAAGUCAUUUACGAACCGCGAAGUUUCUCACGGACGUGCCUGUUUAUGCUUGGUCCGACAGUCAAAUAGUUCUGGCGUGGUUGCGCAAGCAUCCAUCGAGUUGGAAGACGUUUACGGCGAAUAGAGUCUCUUAUAUUCAGACGGAGUUACCGUCGGCGUCCUGGGCGCAUGUUUCCACGAAGGAGAACCCGGCUGAUCUGGCGACUCGAGGCUCUCUUCCAUCUGCCUUGGCGUUCAAUGCGCUCUGGUGGAGUGGACCGUCGUGGCUGACUCGGUCGUCGGAUCGCUGGCCUCUGCCGUCGGAGAUUGCAAACGUUCUGCAUGUUCAUGCACAGGUAUUGGAGCCUGAGAUUUUAGGCCGAUUUUCCUCAUUCACCAGGUUGGUGAGAGUGAUAGCGUUUUGUAGACGCCUGCUAGUUAUGGCGCGAUGUAGAAUGAGAGGUGCAAAUCCUCUGCCUCCAUUCCUCUCUACGGAGGAGCUCUCGGAGGCUCGCAUAGUGGUAUUUCGUUUGGCUCAAUCUGCAGCCUUUGCAGCAGAAUUGAAACGAAUGUUUGAAAGGUUGUCAGGAUUCUAUAAAGAAGUAGCUUCUCUCCUAGCUAAUGAGGGCACGGAAUGGACAUUCCGCCGAAUGCACCGCAUUAUGGAGGAUUGGGAGCACACGCUCACCUAUGAGGAAUUCUCCACUUGGUUAGCUCAAGUGGAAGCUUGUUUGAAUUCGCGUCCUCUCAGUCAGCUGAGUGAGGACGUAGACGAUUUGCGUGCACUCACUCCGAUGCAUUUCUUGAUCGGCGAGGCACCUGCGUUGCUGCCGGACGACGGUCCGUUGGAAGGACCGGAAAAUCGUCUGGAUAGAUUCCAACUGUUGCAACGGUUGUUGCACAGUUUCUGGGGACGCUGGUCGAGCAAGUAUCUUCAGCAUCUCCAAGAGAGGAGUAAGUGGAGAACUCCGGAGGAGAACAUGAAGGUAGGACAGUUAGUUCUCGUGAAAGAUGGACGGUACCCUCCGGCCAAGUGGCCGUUGGGCCGUAUCAAGGAGGUCCAUCCCGGACCGGAUAACUUAGUUAGAGUGGUUACGGUGGAAACGGCCACCUCCACUUUUCGGCGACAUGUAGCCGGUCUUAGUCCGCUGACAAUCGGAGAAGAGCCAGGUGUGGAUCGCCGCGAAUUGGCGGCCGAUCUAAAUGUAUGUUCGUCCACGGACGAAGGCGGGCGGAAUGUUCGCGGCGAAUGA